GUUCCCUUCUUAAGAAGGGAACAAUAUACAUCAGUGUAUAUAUUACGGUACUGUUUGAAGUAAUGUAAAUAUAAAUUUUUUUUAUUCAUGACAGUUUUUAUGGAAUUACGAUAAUUCAGUGAAAGAGGCGCCAUCUUCUUGUAAGUAUGGUUUACCGUGAUUUGGCAAUAGAAUCUAAAACGAAAAAUGGUACGAAAUUGUAUUCAUGGGAAUACCUUGAUUAUGGACCGCACCUUGGUAUUAGACCAUUUUUUUUAGAAUGAUGCUGACAAGAUUCAAGUUUAUACACAGCUUACAGCUUGAUGGAGAUUGGACACGCGGAACCCAAGCAUGGUCCACUCUAAGUCGAGCCACGGGAGAACGGGGCUGCUUAUGUGUGACAUGCUGGUUCAAAUGGCUCGCGAAAGUGACUCUUUCCGUGCAGCCUCAACUUCAGAUUCAGAGUGCAAGAUGUCUUCCUCCUCUGCCACAGGAUGGUUUAUGAGAUCUUGGCUCGUCGAGGUGGGACAGCCGCGAUGCGUCGGUUCUCAUCCGCGUGCUCCAUCAUCAUCAGAGGAACGUCGUUAUUUCCAAGUAAAGAUAACAACAUCCGUGUUGACGCCGUUGGGUCUUCCUGUCGAAAGUUCGCGGUUCUCAUCAGCAGCGGAACAAUCGCGGGAUCAGAUCCCGGAACGACGAGAAAACAUGGCAUUGUCCACUUCUUCGAGAAGUCAUUUCAAAAAUCUUCAAAGUUUCGAGGAAAACGUGAUGGAACUUUCAUUGAUCCGGUUCUCGGGAGCGAAAAAGUUCCUCUCCGACCCCUUCAGCCGCGGCAUUUCAGCCAAAUCCUUUUCGCAUUCGGCGAAGAAAGGCGACGCAUACAUCACCAUGUCUGAUCGCGUGGCCCAAAAUGACGACUCCAAAUUGGACGCGAAGCAAAAGAGCCUCUUGGAUACGGAGCAGUUGAUCCUUUUGAAUGAAAAGGAUGAGCCGAUUGGAGCGGAUACGAAGAAAAACUGUCACAGUUGGCUGAACAAGGCCGGAAGAGUUCCGCUGCACCGCGGUUUCAGCGUGUACUUGUUCAAUUCCAAGAAGGAAUUCCUGCUCACUCAGCGUGCAGCCACAAAGGUUAUGAGCCCAUUACGCUUUACGAACACCUGCUGCAGUCAUCCGUGGGCGACGCCGGAAGAGUCGGAGGAGAAGGCGGCAUUGGGAGUGAAGCGAGCCGCCGUGCGGCGCCUGUCCGAGGAACUCGGGAUUCCAAAGGGCGCCAUCACGCCCGACGAUCUGUGGUACAUGCACAGGUUCUACUAUGAAGUGAAAAGUUCGGAAGUUUACGGGUGGGGCGAACAUGAAAUCUACUACUUGUUCGUCUGCGUCAAAGACGUCGAACUGAAUCCGGAUCCGAACGAAGUUAACGCAUGCAGGUACGUCAAACGAUCAGAGUUCGAUGAGUUCAAGCGACAAUUGGAGACCAAUGAGCUUGUAACCACUCCUUGGUUCAAGCAUAUUGCCAUGAACUACUUGGGUAAUUACUGGGACAACUUGGACAACCUGAAACCAUUGCAAGACCACAAAACGAUCCACGAACUUGACUUGCCUGAUUUUUGAAUUUUUCCCCGCGAAAAUAGAAAAACGACGUAUAUUUACGAAUGAUUCAUCCAUAUAUGAUUCAUCCAUAUAUGAUUCAAAAUAUGAAAAAAGCUGAGACUAAAAGUGCGAUCCAUCAUCA